UUUUAUGCGUUGCGUUUGCAUGAAAGCUCUUAAUCACGACAUUAAGUAUGAUUCACUCACAGCACAAAAAAACCCACAAACCACCAUUUUUUAAGCCAAUCAUGUCAGCUCGGUGACGAACUUCCUGGUCACAUUUCUCGCAGGUCCCAGUCAGUCCUCCUAUUAAUGGCUAUGUUUGCUCCUUCCACAAUGAACAGGGAAGAAAGAGAAGACUCAAAAUGACACGAAAGAGCAAACCAUCUGCCUGGAGAGAAGUGUCACGCAGCUAGCGUGGAGGGAGCCAGAUAAGGAGAGAAAUGCUAUUUACUCUGUGUUACGCCUAGCCCAAGGACGUACGAAGAAGGCAAACACAAGCGAGUCUGGGGACGAGGUGGAGGCUUUGGAUGGCACAUACCAAGGCCAGGGGAGGACUAUUUAAAACCCGAAGAGACAUGAGCUGGGAGUACGUUUGGAUACCAUGUCCUGACUACAAAAGACUGAUUAUCUGCGGAUAAACUGCAGCAGCAGGUCAGAAAUAAAAGGCCUCCUCUGAUGGCUCUUUAAUCCAGCCAGAAGCCUCCCUGAUAGGCAGCGACGAGCUACGGCAAAGGGACGCUUUAAUCGCAAUUCAAGGGAUUUAUGGGAUCACAAGUCUCUUUUGAUGAGAUGAGUGUGCGUGCUGGCCAGGGCAGUGAUGAGGUGCUGGUUUCACAGGCUGUGUGGGAUUACCUGGCUGCAGCUGGGCGGCCCUGGCUCAUCGACUUCCAGCACAAGCAGGGGAUGAGUGCUGGUAUCAUCAGGCGAGGAGAAAGAGGGGGCUGCUGUGCUGUCAGGCUGCAGCCGGUGGAAGGCUCCAGGAGUGCUGGAGCUGGGCUGACGGAUGGAGCCAUCUCCAGCGAGACGCGAAAAGCCUUCAUUGACUUAUGCCGCUGUGCCCGCAAAGAAAUGAGCAAACUGGAAGGGGGACCCAAAAGGAAGAGGGCUCUACUGCCCUGCGUGGGAGUCCUGGAGCCCAACGGAGAGGGGAGCCUGCUCCAGCCUCCCCCUCCCCAGCCUCGGCGCUCCCAGAGACAGCAGCAGCGUUUUAGGAAGCCUACCGAUGAGGAGGCCUGUGUUAUGCUCCAUGAGGCGGCACAGAGAAAGGACAUGGACUCCAGCUUGGCUUCCCAUAGCGAGGCAGAGGACACCAAAACUUGUUCAAUCUGCAUGGGGGACAUAGUGGAGAAAACCACCCUGGAGAGGUGUGGUCAUUCAUUCUGUCGCUCUUGCCUGGAUCAAGCCUUUAAGGUGAAGAAAGCGUGUCCUGUGUGUCGGCUGGUGUAUGGCCAGUUGAUUGGGAACCAACCUGCCAAUGGUACAAUGAUUGUAGAACGAGAUCCUGAUCUGGAGCUUCCAGGCCAUGAAGGCUUUGGAUGUAUCUGCAUCAUCUACAGCUUCCCUCCCGGCCUGCAGGCGCCAGAGCACCCCAACCCUGGGGUCCGGUACCCAGGAACAGACCGCGUGGCCUACCUCCCUGACAGCCCUGAGGGGAACCGAGUGCUGGGCCUGCUGCGCCGGGCCUUUGAACAGCGCCUUAUCUUUACCAUCGGUACCUCCAUGACUACGGGCAUGCAAAAUGUCAUCACCUGGAAUGACAUUCACCACAAGACCUCAAUAUGGGGCGGGCCUCGCUGUUUUGGCUACCCAGACCCUACCUACCUGGUGCGAGUGACAGAGGAGCUCAGAGAGAAAGGCAUCACGGCUGACUGAAACGACAAAAUCUUCCUAGACUUUUAAAGACUUCCCGAGUGCCCUUGUGGUGGACAGGUCUCAGCCCAAGGUGGUGCUCGGAGACUGCCCGUCCCUUAAAGGAUGUCUGAAGACAAAGCCCACAGCAGACAGGUGUUUAAUGCUGCAGAAUCCACCUCAAUUUAAUACUUUUUCCUCUGUUUGUUCAUUUUUUUCAUCAAGAGUUCAGCUUAACCUCGUGCUACAUGUGGAAGAAAUACUCUGAGUGCAGUGCAUUCAUGUAUUGCACAAUCCUCUACCCAUUGCUGUUUGCAAUAGGACAGAUGUGAUACGUUUCCUUAAGAGUAUCAUGGUGUGUGUUAACUCAUGGUACUUCAAUAUUAUAAUUUAGGAUAUCUAAGUUCAAUGUUAUAAAGACAGAUUAUGUUAUUAUCAUGUUUAUUUGUACUCUGGGGAUUCUAUUGUUUCUUAUAAGCACACAGUCUUGGUUUCACCUCCUCAGAAAUGUUUGUUGAGUUAUUGAGUCUCUAAUUUAAUUGUUACUAAUUACCUGUACUUAGCAUAGUAUCUGGGUUAUAUAGGCUUCAGUAGGCUUCAAAAGAAAUCUUUCAUUUCCUGAAGUUACUGCAAUCUAAAGCACUCAGUGGCACUUUGGUAAGAUUUCUGUUUUUGCAUCCCUUUUGGAAGAGUGUUCAUGGCAAACAAGUUCGUGCAGCCAUCAGUUGCUAGCUUGGUGGCCACAAGUUGAUGUCAGUUGCUUGAAACUCUUCAUUUGCGUGUGAUCACCACCCCGACCCCCCCAACUUUUACUGAAAUAAGACGAAUGUUUACCAAUGUCUCAUUGCAGCACCUUUAUUGUACGCAUUCCCUGUUUUUUGUUCUUUUUCCACUAUUAGUCACUCCUGUAAUUUCAUGAUGUCUCACAGGUGUUGAGCCCGUUACUUCAGUUCUUAGUAAUGUGUUCCUCUUAUUACCAGAUUUAUGACGAUGUCAAAUACAAAGGGCAUACAGACCACUUAAACCAAAUCAAAGGCACAAACGCUCUUGGAAUAUCUAUGCCUAUGUUCCUGUCAAACUGGGAGAUUUGCCUGCUAAGCUAAUGUUCUCAUUUAAAAUGAGGUAAUUGUUUUAAAUUUGUUAUCUGAAGAGAUAAUCAACAAUGCACAGUAAAAAAAAAAAAUACAAAAGGAAUGUUGUGGUAACACUUGGUCUGAUUUAGGAUGAGGAUUUGAUCUCAUUUUGUUGUGCCUUUCUUCUAUUUACUUUUGAUAAAAAUCAAGCAUGAUGUUACUAAGGAAUGGUUAGAAGUUUGGGCAUAUUUUGAUGUUAUUUGAUAGGUAAGAGCAUUAUGUUUGUUGCCAUACUAUCUGGCUUUAAGUUCAACUACUUUAGAGUUCAUUGAAUUAUGAAUAACAAUAUAUAUCACAAUAGCUUCUCCUACAUAAACAUUCUUGUGCUGCAAAUGCUGAUCAAAAGAAACAACUGUUGUUAAAGUGCUUUGCUAAGUGCAGUAACCUGCUUAGCUAUUGCAGAUUUGUCAUUAACUUCACUUAUCAGAUACAUACAUGACAUAACCUUUUAUGAUCUUUCCAUAACCUUUGUGUUUUAGUUAAGGGACCAACUGAAACAUUUUUUGGGACACAGGAUUGUAGUUUACUAAAGCUACUGUGCAAACAUUUCUAUGCAUACAUGUUGGAGGAGGAGCCAAGAGAAUGGAUAGUUGGCCAGAUUAAACAUACAACAAAAUUGAUUGUUAAGGAAACAUUAGAGUUUUGCUUUUCUAAUUGUGUUGAUUGGUACUUUGUUGAUAUUCAGAAUAAUGUGCUUUACAUUUUAAUACUUGAAUAAAAAGUUAUGUUUGGG